GACGUUUCUCACCUGCCAUCGGGCGCUGACAUUUUCGCAUUUUCGUGGUGGCAAAAGCGUUCGAUUUUGGUGGGUUUGCUUGCAAAAAGUGAAAAAAAUCAUUGUGCAAAAGUGUCGAAGAUCCCCUCUGCCUAGACAUAUUUCGCUUCAGCUAGUUCCGGAACAGUUUCGUCAGCAUGCCACGAGGAAAAUACGUCAACCACAAGGGACGCAAUCGUAACUUUACGAGCCCCGAACAGCUCGAGGAGGAGCGCAAAAACGAGGAGAAGAAAAAGUGGAGGAAAACUCAGGAAGCGUCCUCGUCCGACGACGAAGACGAGGAGCAGGAGGGAAGCGAGAAGGGCAGCGAUGACGAGUCGAGCGAAUCGGAGGAGGAAGCCAAGGGUGCCAGCUCGGUGAUCGAGAUCCAGAAUCCGAACCGGGUGCAGAAGAAGGCCUUCCAGAAGGUGGAGGAGGUGGACGAGGAGGAGAAGCCGCAGCUGUCGCGCAAGGAGCGGGAACAGAUCGAAAAGCAGAAGGCCCACGCCGCGUACCAGAAGCGACACGCCGAGGGCAAAACGGCACAGGCCAAGGCCGAUCUGGCCCGGUUAGCGAUCAUCAAGCAGCACCGGGCGGAGGCGGCCGCGCGUCGUGAAGCCGAGAAGAAAGCGAAAGAUGAUAAGAAAUGAAGUGUUGUUCUCUGCCCAGCGCCCGGAAGCAUAAAAUAACCCACUGAAAACACACGGAACACAGAAGUUAUAACCUGAAUGUCGUAAAUAAUAAAUCUAACAGGCGGGCGUCACGUCGUCGUCUUCGUCACUGCGAUAAGUUUUCUUUUGAUAUGAUUCAAAUUUUUACUACAAAACAACACUGCGCUGUCUUGGUUCGUGAGCGGAGCGCGACCUACCGAAGAAUAUCGCUAAUAGUUAUUCGUAAUUCGUGCAGGUCAAACUCUGCUCCAGCAAACUAGAAUAAUGAGAGAGAUAGUAACGAUGGGAGAACCAAUUGAAAACAAAUGAAAUUGUACGUGUUUGAGAUAUUAGUCCAAAUCAUAAAGAAACAAAACAAACAACUCUACUCUAGCAAGCUAAAAUCUUAAAAACUGCAAUCUAACAAAGUGAAGAAGUAAACAUAUUUGAAGCCACUGUGAAUGUAAUUCGGAUCGUUGAAUAAACACGGAUAGUUCUGUAUAAA